AAAUAGAUUAGAGUAGUGGGAGAGGCAUUUCAUCUUCUUCCUUCACUCUGCAUUUUUUUUCUGUAAAUUUAUUUGUAUCUUCAUCUUUCUCGGUCGGUUUCGGACACUGACAGGUAGCUUUUCAGAAACCGAACCCGACGGAUGCCACUGUAUAAAACCGAUUUUACAGUCCGACAACCCGUUUAUCCGAACUCUUACCGUCACUCAAUCAGUGUAUGAACCCUAGUUUUUGUGGAAACGCUUCAACAUACAUACAUAAACACAGUGCAUUGCAGCAGGGAUUCCCAUAAGCCAUUGCCGUUUCUCACUCUCUAUUGUAAUGUCUUUAUAUAUGUCUCUCUUCAACAAGAAGGCAAACCAAGAUGAUCACAUCGAUCGAAUCAGUGACUUACCGAGUAAUGUCAUUGAUGGUAUCCUAGAGCAUUUGAGCAUCCGAGACGUAGUUAGGACUAGCAUUUUGUCAACAAAUUGGAGGUAUAUGUGGACUUCCGUCCCAACACUGGAGUUUCAAGGAAGAUCUUUUUUACCUGACGAUCAUCUCAAUUACCCUAGCCCUGUAGUUUCUAAAAUUAUCACUGAUGUUCUUAUGCUCCACAAUGGACCAAUAUAUAAGUUUAAUCUGUUCAUACUUUAUGGUUGCGGUUUUGAGAUCACACUGGAAUGCCUUAAUACUUGGAUUCCGUUUUUGUCGAGAAACGUUAAACAUCUUGAACUUGUGAACCACGGAACAUAUCUUGACAAAAUGCCAUAUAUUGUGUUCUCUUGUAAGGAAUUGACUAAAUUUAGAUUUGGCGGAUUUAAUUUGUCAAUUCCACCUAAUUUCUCUGGGUUUAAAAGAUUGCUUAAUCUUAAAUUAGAAAGUGUUACAUUUGAGUCAGGUGCACUUGAGAGUCUUAUUUCUGGUUGUCCUUUACUUGAAAAGCUUAGCAUUGAAUACUGUCAUGGUUUUGAAUAUUUUCAUAUUUCUACUCCUACUCUCAAAGUCUUAUAUCUAGAGUUUGAUGAAAAUAUAAAGUCAAUUUGUCUGAAGAAAGCACAGAAUCUGAGUGAUCUUACACUCGUGGCUAGUGAGGGCUGGGUAUCUGGUUUGAUCAAAAGCUUGCCAAAAAAUAUGCAGAGGUUUUGUAUUGCUUCAUUUUCCGAUAAGAAGAAUGUUUUUGCAGAUAUCAUUCCUCCGACGCUGCUAAAAAGCUCAUUCAACUCCAUAAAGUAUCUGAUAUUGGCUGAUGUGAAUUUGAAUGAAAGAAGAGAAGUUUUGUAUAUUGUUAGUGUACUUAAAAGUGCUCCUUGCUUGGUUGAACUUGUCAUACAGAAUUACAGCCUUGUAGAUAUUGCACAACCACCUGACCAUUCAGAGGAGUUGGAAUGUCGUAGUUGUUGCCUUAAUCAACUUAAGACCGUGAAUAUCAAGAUUUGUGCUACCUCAAAUCAAGAUGCAAUGAGUUUGAUACGGUUCAUACUUGCAACAUCUACAUCGUUAAAGACUCUUACUUUUGAUGUUGGUGUUGGUUCUCAAAAAUUAGAUGCACUUGUGUUGUUAAGCAUUUCACAAGACUUGUUAUUGAUGAAACGAGCAUCACAAAGAGCAGAGGUUAAGUUCCUUCAUUGAGAAUGUAUUGGAUUUUAUCUUUCAACACCACAGUUCUGCUUGGUGUCUUUGCUUUAUUUUAUUUUUCCAUAAUAGAUUUUAUCUAUUGGGUGUUGUUCUAUCCCAAGUGUUGGACCAAAAAGUUAGAAUGCAGUAGUUGUGGCCUUAAUCAACUUCUCACAAGGAAUCUCUACGUUAAAGCUAAUUCUCAGCAUGCAAUGAGUUUAUACAGUUCAUAGUUGCAAAUUCAUCAUUGUUAAAUACUUAGUUUUGAAGUUGAUAAGAAAUCAGAUGCACCUAUUUUGACAAGCAUUUCACAAGACUACUUAUGGAUAGAGCGAACAUCACCAAGAGCACCUAUAUAAUGUUUCAUAUUCAGAGAUAACUAAUGGCGUUCGAACCUGGUAGAUUGUUUUGAGAGAUAAGAUUUUUUUGGUUGUCUUGCUGUGAUUGUGGUUCCGGUGUUUCUUUAGCAGCUGGUGCACGGCAUUAUUCAUUCAGUAAUUGUCUGCGCUUCUGGUUUUGAAUCAAUUUGUUUGUCAUAAGUCUAUUUUGCUCCAAGUGGCUUGUAUGGGAGGCAAAUUGAUUUGUGGUGCGUAUAGUGUGUCUCCAAGGUGGCUGUGUUGAAGCUUUUGUAUUUGUGUUUUUUUUAAGAUAGCAUUUGUUUAGUUUUGUGGUGCCUUUGCUUUUGUUUCAGUUGUUGUUUGUGGUUUCCUGGUUUAGUUUGUUGCCUGUGUGGUUUCCUGGUUUCAGUUGUUGAGAGCCUAGCUGUCCUUUCCUGUUUGUUCAGGAGGGUAACCUUCUUGUUCUCUUAUUGUACUGCUUGUGCAUAGGUUUGAGUCUAUUAAUAUAUUUGUAGUUUAAAAAAAAAAUCAGAUAAAUAACAUUUGAGGUGUUUGCUAAGUUGUAAUAAUUUAGCUUUGUAGUCUCAAGUUGCACAAUAGUCAUUAAUGUCACUUUGAUUAAUAAAUUUUUUGCUCUUCCCCCAAUUAUAGAAAGGACCAUUUUUAGUAAUGUAUGAUGGUAUCACCAUUGAA